GUCAGAGGGGCUGCUAUUCACAAUGGAGAAAACGAUGAAAUGCUGCCAUUAUAAUGGGGACCAAAGGGCCCAUGGCAGCCUGACACCCGAUCCCCUCUUUGGCUCUGGCUUCCUUUUGUCCCAGUAUUUCAUAUCUGACAUAUCCACACACCAUAAAAAAAAAAAAAAAGCACUGAUGGUGGAGCAGCGAUGGACGUGAGGCUUGGCGUCUGCAUGCUCAGACAUGGGGAAUAAACAGACCAUCUUCACAGCUCAGCAGCUAGACGCCUAUCAGGAUUGUACAUAUUUCACAAGAAAAGAAAUUCUCAGGCUUUUCUACCGCUAUAGGGAUUUGGCACCGCAGCUCGUUCCCCUUGACUACACCAACCAACCAGAUGUGACGCUACCAUAUGAGCUGAUUGGCACCAUGCCCGAGCUGAAGGACAACCCAUUUCGUCAGAGGAUCGCCGAGGUUUUCUCGGAGGACGGAGAGGGAAACAUGACCCUGGACGACUUUCUGGACAUGUUCUCAGUCCUGAGUGAGAUGGCCCCGCGUGACCUCAAGGCCUACUACGCUUUCAAGAUCUACGAUUUCAACAACGACGACUUCAUCUGCAGGGCCGACCUGGAGAAAACCCUGAACAAACUGACCCGUAACGAGCUGACGGAGGACGAGGUGAGGAUGGUGUGUGAGAAAGUGAUCGAUGAAGCCGACCUGGACAACGACGGGCGUCUGUCACUCGAGGACUUCCAGCACAUGAUUGUUCGAGCACCAGACUUCCUCAGCACCUUCCACAUAAGGAUCUGAAGAAAGUUAGCCAAAAUGUGAAUUUCUUGACUUAAAAAGAGAAUCUGAGGAAGAACUUUUAACACUGAAGAUUAUUUUUCAAGUGUGGGAAUCUUGACUUCUAGUACUUUUACCCUCCUGUGAAUAUAUAUACAUUGUGCUUGUUGUGUUGUCAUUUGUAAUAAAAACUGCAAAAUAAAAAUAUUCUUACCUUCAUCAGAGGUCAUUAAACUUUGAUUUUUAGAAAGCAGAGAAAUACAACGAUUACACGUCGCCUUUAACUCUGAGCAUCACUGUAAAUGUGCAUUUUUUUGUAUUGUUGCAGCAG